ACCUAUCAAACCCUAACCAUCACAGAGGAAGGUAUGGGUUCAAAAGGAAACGAUGAUCUGUAUGCUGUUCUUGGUUUGAAGAAAGAAUGUACCUCCACGGAACUCCGUUCUGCUUAUAAAAAGCUUGCUCUUAGAUGGCAUCCAGAUCGUUGUUCAUCAAUGGGGAACGAAGAGUUUGUAGAUGAAUCAAAGAAGAAGUUUCAGGCUAUCCAAGAGGCCUACUCUGUUCUGUCUGACUCCAACAAGAGGUUCCUCUAUGACGUUGGAGCUUAUAAUAGUGAUGAUGAUGAUCAUGAACAGAACGGAAUGGGAGACUUCUUGAACGAAAUGGCGACAAUGAUGAACCAGUCAAAGCCUAGUGAGAAUAAUCCAGGGGACAGUUUUGAACAGUUACAAGAUCUGUUUAAUGAGAUGUUCCAAGCAGACGCUGCAUCAUUCUCCUCCUCAUCUUCAUCAUCAUGCAAUGCCUCAACUUUCACUUCCUCUUGUAGCUUUGUUUUUGACACAAACACUCAGCGGUCACCGUUUGAGACAAACUCGAUGGGGUCUAAUGAUCCUUUCGCAUUUGACACCAGAUCUCACACUUUCUCUUUAGGGGUGGAACAUCAGCAGGAUUUCAAGAAGGGGAAGAACAAUGGUGGGAGAAGAAACAGGAGGAAGAACAAUGCUCAAUCGUCCUCGUCUUCAAACAACUAUGGAGUCCCCACUUCAUAGCCCCCUCCCUUGAGGACCAUGUUUUUGCUAACUCAUCUCCACAUUUGUCGACUAGUCACACACAAGAAGACUGGUUCUCUGGUCUUCUCAACAGCAAGCAUUAAAAAACUCCAAACGUUGUCGUGUUUGUAAACUCGGAGCUUAUUUUUUCUUUCUUUCUCUCAUCUCUACUGUGUGAUUGAAUUCUUGUCUCCUAUACAUGAGUCUUUAAGACCAUUGAGAUUGAUGAAGUCAACGGGUUUAUGAUGACGAAUACUUGUCCUAAAUUCUUAAUUAGUCAUUGGUUUUCGCAGCAUUUAGUCAUGUAUACACUUCUUUGUUUGGUAUUGAACCAAGCGUCACACAAUCGAUGGCAAUAUACAGUAUUAU